CGUGUUCACAACAUCUUUGCUUCUGAAUUUUGACCUGGACAUCCUUUUCGGACCAACAUUCAAAUUUACUUAGAAUGAAGGAACAGGUGCUUGAGCAGGCGCCCAAGAAGAUCAAGCAAAUCCAAUUUGGUGUUCUUUCGCCACAGGAGAUUGUCAAUGUAUCAGAGUUCGAGGUCACUCAGCGUGAUCUGUAUACGGUUCAGGACCGUCAGCCAGUUAAAUAUGGAAUGCUCGAUUUGAGACUGGGUACCUCUGAUAAAAUCGCUUCCUGUGAGACCUGUGGUCUGAAGCAACAGGAUUGUAUCGGUCAUUUUGCCCACAUCAGGUUGUGUCUACCAGUCUUUCAUAUUGGAUACUUCCGAGCAGCCAUAGUUAUUUUACAAAAUAUUUGCAAGACUUGUAGUCGAGUCUUGUUGUCAGAAAAGGAUCGUCGUACAUAUUUGAGGAAGCUCCGUGCACCGAAUCUGGAAAAUUUGACUAGGAAAAAUGUCUGCAAGGCUAUCAAUGACAAAUGCAAGAAGGUAAUCCACUGCCCAUAUUGUGAGGGAAUCAAUGGGACGGUCAAGAAGGCUGGCGCGCUUAGAAUUGUACAUGAGAAAUUCCGGUCAAAGAAAGUUGCGGAUGAAUACGAGAAAUUCAAGAGCACGUUUAGUCAUGCAUUGGAGGCUGCACCGGAAAUGAAGGCUCAUAUUUCAAAGGCGCAGGAGGAUAUGAACCCCUUGAGAGUAUUGAACCUGUUCAAGGCCAUCACUGACGAGGACUGUGAGCUUCUAGGUAUGAAUCCAGAUCUUGGAAGACCUGAAAUGUAUCUUUGGCAGAACAUUUCCGUGCCCCCAGUUUGUAUUCGCCCAUCAGUUCAGCAGGAUGGUGCCAGUAACGAAGAUGAUAUCACUGUUAAAUUGACAGAAGUGAUCUUUACCAACGCUCACAUGCAAGCUGGUCUUAAUCAGGGUAUUGCUAUUCUUAAUUUGAUGGAUCUAUGGGACUUUCUUCAACUCUCAGUCGCUAUGUACAUCAACAGCGAACUACCGGGAGUAUCUAACUUACAGCCCGGAAAGCCAGUUCGUGGAUUCUGUCAGAGAUUGAAGGGAAAACAGGGUCGUUUCCGUGGAAAUUUAUCUGGAAAGCGUGUUGACUUCUCUGGACGCACAGUAAUUUCACCCGACCCUAACCUUCGCAUUGACCAAGUCGCUGUCCCUGAACUGGUCGCCAAAAACCUGACAUACCCAGAACGCGUUACCAGCCAUAAUAUUGAACGUCUUCGCCAGGCCAUUGCAAAUGGUACGGAGAUCCAUCCAGGAGCAAACUAUGUCACUCUGGGAUCCAACAAUAUGAAAAAGUCACUCAAGUUUGGAAACCGUGCUCAGAUUGCAGGGGAGAUUCAGGUCGGCGAUGUAGUUGAGCGCCAUCUUAAUGACGGUGAUGUCGUCCUAUUCAAUCGUCAGCCUUCACUUCACAAGCUUUCUAUCAUGGCUCAUUAUGCAAAAAUUCGGCCAUGGCGUACAUUCCGAUUCAAUGAAUGUGUCUGCAACCCCUAUAACGCUGAUUUUGACGGAGAUGAGAUGAACUUGCACGUUCCACAGACGGAGGAAGCUAGGACUGAAGCUAUCGAGUUGAUGGGCGUCAAAAAUAACUUGGUUACUCCUAGAAACGGGACCCCUCUUAUUGCGGCAAUCCAGGAUUUCAUCACUGCAUCAUAUCUCAUUACUCAAAAAGAUCUAUUUUUCGAUCGCUCACAGUUUGUUCAGAUUUGCUCAUACUUGGGGGAUGCAGAACUGAAAAUUGAUAUUCCACCACCUGCAAUCUUGAAACCAGCACAACGAUGGACGGGUAAACAAAUAAUCAGCGUCUUACUCAAACCUAAUAAGGAGUCAAAAGUAUUAGUCAAUUUGGAGGCGAAGACUCGCUCAUAUGACAAGGUCAAGCGUCCUGUCAUGGACAUGUGUAGGAAUGACGGCUACCUUGUGAUACAUAAUAGUGAAAUCAUGUGCGGCGUUUUGGACAAGUCAAUUGUUGGAGAUGGCAACAAAAGCUCGCUAUUCUACAUUGUCAUGCGCGACUAUGGCUCCAUUGAGGCGGCAAAAUGCAUGAACCGACUUGCUAAGCUCUGCGCUCGCUGGUUGGGGACCGUUGGAUUCUCGAUUGGUAUUAAUGAUGUCCAGCCUGGUGAAAUUUUGGCAUCCAAGAAGGAUGAGCUUGUCAAGAACGCCUAUGCUCACUGCGAUGACUUGAUUCAUCGUUCACUCAAUGGUCAGUUGGAAAAUCAACCUGGAUGCGAUAUUGAACAGACUCUCGAGGCCCUGAUUUCUGGAGAGCUGUCGCAGGUCCGUGACAAAGUUGGAGAUAUAUGUCUAACAGAGCUCAACAAGUACAACUCACCGUUGAUCAUGGCGACAUGUGGCUCUAAAGGUUCUAAGAUCAACGUGUCUCAGAUGGUUGCUUGUGUCGGUCAACAAAUUAUCAGUGGUAAACGUAUUCCAAAUGGUUUCCAAGAUAGAUCCUUACCUCAUUUCUUGAAAAAUUCCAAGGUUCCUCCGGCCAAGGGUUUCGUUCGCAACAGUUUCUACAGCGGGUUGACACCUACUGAGUUCUUUUUCCACGCUGUCUCUGGUCGUGAAGGUCUAGUUGACACAGCUGUAAAAACCGCCGAAACCGGCUACAUGCAGCGUCGUCUUAUGAAGGCUUUGGAAGAUCUGACUACACAUUACGAUCUUUCGGUGCGAAACUCUGUGGGGGCCAUUAUUCAAUUCACUUAUGGAAGCGACGGCCUUGACCCUGCAGUACUUGAAGGCAACGGUAUACCUGUUUUAUUUGACCGUAACUUUGUCAGUACUCUUCACAUGUUACCCCCAACAGAGGACGACAAGAAGCUGCUACCCUGGCAGAUCAAUGAGUAUGCUGAGAAGGAGGUAGCGUCAUCACGCUGGGCUAAGAACUGCUCCAAGGAGUUUAUUUUGGCUGUAGUAACAUUUGUUAAGACACAUAUUGCGGGAAAGCUCAAGAUUAUUCGCGAAGCUUACGGUAUGAUGUCAGGAGAACAUAACCCCGGCGAGGAGUAUGAGGAUAUGGACAUUGACGAAGAGGAGCCGGAAGAGGUCAAGAGGAUUGUCAACAAUAAACUCACUGUUACGGAACGCCAAAUGGAACGCUUCAUGUAUGUUUGCUGGGACAAAUUCAUGAAGGCCAAGAUCGAACCUGCGUCAGCCGUGGGUGCUGUCGGAGCGCAGUCCAUUGGAGAGCCUGGCACACAGAUGACGCUGAAGACGUUCCAUUUUGCUGGUGUCGCAUCUAUGAACAUCACACUGGGAGUGCCACGUAUCAGGGAAAUCAUCAACGCCGCGAAGGCUAUUGCCACACCAAUUAUUACAACACGUCUAGUUAAUAACACAGAUGUCAAAGCUGCACGUAUCGUCAAGGGAAGAAUCGAAAAAACCAUGCUUGGGGACAUUGCAGAGUUCAUUGAAGAGGUCUACAAGCCUGAUGAAUGUUACAUUGGAGUUCGUCUGGAUAUGGAGGCAAUACGUCGUUUACAGCUUGAAACUGACCUGGAUGAAGUUGCAAAGGCCAUUGGAUUGGAACCAAAACUCAAGAUCGGAACUAAUAACGUGCAGUCUCAUAAACCCGACCGUCUACGUAUUUAUGUACAGUCCAAAGAUCCUGCAGGACUUUAUUACUCAAUUAAGAAACUUAAGAGAGCCCUGCCUGAGAUUAUUAUCAAAGGCCUUCCUCAAGUUAACCGUGCAGUCAUUAACGAAAUCCAGGGAAGUGGUGGUAAGAAGGAACUGCUUGUGGAGGGCUAUGGUCUACGUGAGUUAAUGAAUACAGAAGGAGUAGUUGGAACUCAAACACGCUCCAAUCACGUUAUGGAGGUAUGGAAAGUAUUGGGUAUUGAAGCUGCAAGACGUACUAUCUUGGACGAGAUUAAGAGUGUCAUGGACUCUCAUGGACUGACCAUUGAUCCGCGUCACGUUAUGUUGUUGGGAGAUAUUAUGACAUCAAAGGGAGAGGUACUGGGUAUUACGCGUUUUGGUAUUGCCAAGAUGAAGGACAGUGUGAUGAUGCUGGCGUCGUUUGAAAAGACGACCGAUCACUUGUUUGAGGCGGCGCUGUAUUCUAAAAAGGAUGCGAUUGAGGGAGUAUCCGAGUGCAUCAUCAUGGGUAUUCCUAUGUCGAUUGGAACUGGUCUUUUCAAGCUGAUUAAGCGGGACAGUGCCCAUGAUCGAAUUCCUCCUCGUCGCAGACUGCUUUUUGAUCCAUAGCAAUGCAAAACAACAUAUUCAUAUACAAUAAUAAUUUUACUUCAGUGUCUGAGAAGAAAACUUGUCAUAGCUCU